AUGGCGUCCUCCUGUAGGCAUGUAGGGCGACAGGUCUGUAAGACUGGGAGAAUAUUUAAUACCAACUUUAAGGAGACAUGGCAUCGCAGGUAUUUCGGACUGAGCCCUGCUGUCUGCCAGGAACCUGCGGCUGCUCUGUCAGAGGAAAUUGUUAUCCCACAGAAGAAAACAUGGAGUAAAGAGGCUGUGUUAGAAGCUCUGGCGUCCAUAGUGAACAGGGACCCCACCGCAUCACAUUAUAUGUUUCAGGAUGAUUCUUAUCUAACACCAAAAACAUCUGGGGAGUUUAAACUGUAUUCCUUAUCCCAGGAAUCGGGCAGAAAUGCUGCUAAGUAUUUCAUUAACACCUGCCCCAAGUACUUCCAGAAGGACUUUGCUGAACCUCAUAUUCCAUGUCUAAUGCCGGAGACGGUGGAGCUACAGAUAGAGGAGGUGUCCGAGGCAGCUCUUGUGGAGCGGAUCAAGCUUAGAAAGGUCAAGGCCGCAGUGGACAUGUACGAUCAGCUGCUCCAGGCAGGCACUCCAGUGUCUCUGGAUCUCACCAAUGACCUGCUGGAUCUGAUUUGUCUGUACGGCGAUCGGGAUCCAGUACGAGAUGAUGCACCAGAGCAGAGAACUGAAGAUCUGGUAGUGGAACCAGAUGACGGGAUGAGAAGAAAAGGACGACCGAGAAGAGCCUCCGACUUACUGAAGAUUGUAUGGAGGGAGAACAAUAACGCAGAAAGGAUCUUUAACCUGAUCUCGGAGCGAAACAGUCGGUCGUAUGCUGCUCUGAUCAGAGGCAUGGUGAAGUUUGGUGCUCAUGGCAAAGCUUUCAACGUUUACACAGACCUCCUGAACAACCGACUGACUGCUGAUGUGCACACCUUUAACGCUCUCAUCAGUGCUGUACCGGAGGUGAAGGACAAACACAGUGAAAAGUGGGACCAGAUCGUAGAGCUGCUGAAGCAGAUGGUCGAGCAGAAGGUGAAGCCCAACCUGCUGACGUUUAACUCCGUGCUGAAGGUUCUGCGACGAUGCGGCUCAUUAGGCAAAAUGCAGGCCUUCCCCAUCCUCAACGAAAUGAAGGCCCUCGGGAUUGAGCCCAGUUUGGCCACCUAUAAUCACAUCCUCAGCAUCUUUUAUAAAGCAGCUUCUUCAGCACAAGGACAUACUGAGAUCCUACAGGAAGUGCUAAAUGAGAUGGAGGGGAAGAGCUUCACCCCACAGGACCCAGAUGAUGUGCUGUUCUUCCCGAGUGCCAUGAGAGCUUGCUUGGACACUAAGGACAUGGAACAGGCUUACAGGGUGCACAGUCUGCUGGAAGUAGGGGACAACUGGAAACUUCUGGGAGAUUCUUACCAUCAGAGUGUCUACCAUGGCCGGUUCUUUAACCUGCUGUGUAUGAUGGAGCACAUCGACGUGGUGCUGAAGUGGUACAAGCAGCUCAUUCCUUCUCUGUACUACCCCAAUUCUCAGGGGAUGAGAGACCUGCUUCAGGCGCUCGAUACCGACAACAGAUUAGAUCUCGUUCCUCAGAUAUGGAAAGAUAUUAAACGGCUGGGUCAGGACAAUAAGACGGAGCUGCUGGAGGAGAUGCUGACCCUCAUGGCCCGAGAGAAGCAAAGCCCAGAGGUGCAGCAGGCGUUUGCAGAUUGCGCUCUGGACGUAAAGACUCUGUACACACAGACCGACCGGGUCAAAGCUCCACUGAGCUGGUCCGCAAGUUCCCUCAGCUGCAUCACGUCCAUCCUGCUGGCUGCAGAGAGAGCAUCAGAGGCCUGGGAAAUGUUGAAGCUGUUCAAAGUGAACAACAGAGUUCCGUCUGAGGACCUCAUGAAUGAGUUCUUGGAGUGUAUAAAGGUGAGCAAUGAUGCUCAGCGAGCUGUGGAGCUGGUCCAGAUCUCUGCCAGCUUCUGCCUGCCCGUCACCCCAAAACUCAUCGACCGAGUGCAGCAGGAGUUUGAGCUAACAGAGGAGCAAAAGAACAUCUUAUCAGAGUUGGAGUCUUCCACAGACAUGACUGAUUAAAACACAGUGGAUGUCAUUUGUUAAUGUCAAUGCAAUAAUAAAACACAACUGUAAACGUG